AUGUCUGCCGAAUUCACCAAGGCCGCCGAAGACAGCAAGAAGCUGGGAAKCACCCCCGACAACGACAAGUUGCUCGAGUUGUACUCUCUCUACAAAGUCGGCAAUGGCGAGGACAUUUCUAAAGUCUCCAAGCCAGGUGUCUUUGACCUCAAGGGCAAGGCCAAGUACAACGCGUGGCAAAAGGAGGUCGAGGCUGGGACUACAAAGGAGGGUGCGCAGCAGAGAUAUAUUGCUCUUGUGGAUAAGCUGAAGGGCGAGUUGGGAUUUAAUGCCUAG